AUGGUCGACCGACAGUCGACUGUCCACAGCCUACACAGCUUGUUGGGGAAACUCGAUGAUCCCGAUCCAGAUAUUCGUUACAUGUCCUUGAAUGAUGUCUUUGGCAUCCUCAGUUCGCCAAAUUCUCUCUUUUUGCUCAACGACAAUGUGACAUCUGCGAGCCUGGUUGAUGGCCUAUUGAAAGCUUUGGAGGAUCAGCAUGGCGAGGUACAAAAUCAAGCUUUGAAAUGUUUUGGCCCUUUAGCUGGACGACUUCCAACGGACAGCCUGACGCCGCUCCUCGAACAAAUUGCCGACCUAACCAAAUCGCCCACCAUCGAUAGCUCCAUUCCAAAUACCGCCCUGAGAACUAUCGUAUCAUCUCUUCCUUCCCCCAGAUCAGCAGGCCCAGCUAGUACAGAUGCAACCGCAACGUUUGCAGCAGUCUCGAAAGUCCUCCUCCCCCGACUCACUGGCGAGAAACCGAAGACCCGUAGAGGCUCUGUCGUGCAAGGAAUGCUCGAAAAGGAUGCAACAAAAGGAUACAGUAGCGAUGCUAUCGACGUUGUCAUUGAGUUGGUCAAUUGUUUUGGCUCGCUACUCAAAGAAGCCGAAAUUACAUCUCUACAGAAAGCAGUCAUGGCUAUAAUUGAGAAUGAUACAGCUGGAACUGUGGUGACGAAACGAGCUCUUACUGCAACUGCAGCUCUUGUUGUUCAUUUCUCUGAUGCACACUUGAGUUCUUUUGUGUCGGAGUUGAUUGAGAGUUUCCGUUCGGCACAUCUGACGAUAACGAGACGCCGUCACCUUAUUGCAACGGUUGGGAGUCUCUCGCGUGCGGCUCCAUCAAAGUUUGGACCUUAUCUCAAGACACUGGCCCCAUUUGUCCUCGCAGCAGUGAGUGAGCAAGAAAUGGACGAUAUGCAACAAGACGAUUCAGAUGAUGGAGAGCACGACCCGCAAGCAGAUGAACUUCGUGAGACAGCAUUGAUUACAUUGGAAGGAUUGCUGUCUUCAUGCUCCCAAGAAAUGCAACCGUACCUCACUGAUUCUUUGAACGCCGCACUGAGAUACGUGAAGUACGAUCCCAACGUAGCAUUUGACGAAGACGAAGAAAUGGGUGGUACGCAGGACGAAGGCAGUGAAGACGGCGCAACUGAGGAACCAGACGAAGCCGAUGAUGAAUUGGAAGACUUUGAGGAUGAAGGUGGCUAUAGUGACGUUGAUGAUGUGAGUUGGAAGGUUCGACGCUGUGCAGCAAAGACUCUACAUACAAUAGUUUCUUCCUAUGGUACUGGUCGGUUGUUGGAGGACGGUACACUCUAUCAACAAGUUGCGCCUAUUCUCAUAUCACGAAUUGCCCGAGAAAGGGAAGAAAGCGUGAAAUUGGAGGUUGUCAUCACAUUCACAGCACUGAUUAAAAAGUCAAGUGAGAGUUUGACAGUGACCGCCCUCAACGGCUAUAGGGAAUCCGUUGGAGGAUCCAAGAAUUCAAGGAAACGAAGACGUCAGGACAGCUUUGCUGGAAUCAUCGAUUUUGAGCCUAGUAUGGGAACUUCUUCCGCAAUUGAUACCCCUGUAGCCACUCCUAGUACUCCAGAAUCUGGGCCUCAGGCUGAGUUGAUGCUUUUACUCCCUGGCCUAAUUCAAAACCUGGUCAAAAUGUGGAAAUUGGCUACCGUGGCUUUGAAACAGGCAGCCAUUGUGCUAUUCAAGAGCUUAGCACUAGCACGUUAUAGCAUUCUAACCGAGUACCUCCAAAAGAUUGAGGAUCCGAUUGCUGAUGCGCUCAAGGCGAGCACAAUGGGCGGUGCCGUUGCAUCUGGUACGGCUGUCAGCGUCGCCACUCUGCAAAUCGAAGCGCUGUCUCUAGUGGGUGCAAUUGCUGAGACACACGCCUCGCAUACACUUCUGCCAUUCCUCAUCGCGUUGAUACCAGGCGUUAUUACAGCUGUUAGUGAUAGAAACUACAAAGUCGCCAGCGAAGCCCUUGGAGCUAUCGAAUGCAUCAUUAAGGCUCUCACUCCGCCGCGUGUGUCUGGUAGCGAUGCCGAUAACCUACGCCCACAGCUACAGAAGCUUUAUGAUGUCGUCGUUUCACGUAUAACUGACACUAGUGCAGAUCUCGAAGUCCGCCAAAGGGCUAUCCAUGUAUUUGGAGUCCUGGUAGCCCGUACAUCUGGCGACGUGGGUCGCAAAUUUGUUUCUGAGACUCUUCGUUUCCAAGGAUUGGAUAUUUUAGGAGAUCGACUCAAAAAUGAGACCACUCGAUUGGCUACCGCACGCGCUAUCGAUGAUAUUGCAGUUCUAGCUACCAGCGAGAAAGAUGUAAAUUCUGUGUGGAUCACACAGGUUACUAGCGAGCUAGGUGCUCAGCUUCGAAAGUCUGAUCGAACGCUUAGAAGUGCCUGUCUUGAAGCUCUCAGGAGCCUGGCAAUGAACUCAAAUACAAGGGCCCAUUAUGAUGAGAGCACAAUGCUGGAAGUCGAGAAAUCUUUGCUGCCAUUGAUAGCUCCUGACGACUUCCACCUUCUGGCUCCUGCCCUUAUCAUAUUAGCCAAGCUCAUACCGCUCCAUGCAAAGACUUUGGUCACAAAUGAUUUGAUAUCCGCUUUGUGUGCUAUUGUUGCCGUUCCUUUGAUAGGAACUGUACUCAAAGCAUUGCUCCUGCUCGUCAAGGUUAUUGGAGAACAAGAUGCUGGUGCUGAUCUCAUGAAACGUCUUUUGCGUGAUGUCGGGAUUAAUGGCGAUCCCUCAGUUGUCGGGCGAGCGAUCGGUACCUUGCUCGUACAUGGAGGGUCGAACCUGGGAGUGAAGAUGGAAGAUUUCCUGUCCGAGUUACAGACUGCGCAAGAUGAUCAGCGCAAAUGUCUGGCGCUGGCUAUAUUAGGUGAGGUAUCCCUCCGCAUGGGAGCGUCUUGCCCUAUCAAACCGGAUCUUUUCAUUUCGAACUUUGAUGCCAAAUCGGACAAGGUCCGCUUGGCCGCUGCUGUUGCGCUUGGCAAUGCUGCGGCUAGUAACAUCAAAACAUACAUGCCGAUCAUAUUCGAGGAUUUGAAUAAACCAAAGACAUCAACCUAUUUGCUACUGCACUCAAUCAAGGAGAUUCUCCACCACCCUGAGCAUGUCCGUGAUGAUAUUGCACCGUUCGCCACGCAGCUUUGGCAGAUCCUGUUGGCGGCCUCUGAAAAUGAGGAUAAUCGCGUCGUUGGGUCGGAAUGUCUUGGUCGGCUCGCCCUGCUAGAUCCGGUAUCUUACGUCCCUCAUCUACAAGAAUAUCUGUCAAAUCAAAAUCCCACCAUUCGCGGCACGAUCAUUUCGGCUUUCCGCUACACUUUAUCCGAUUCCAGUGCUGCCUUUAAUGAAGUCUUACGGCCCUUGAUUGUACCUCUUCUGGUGAGCAUGUUGAGCGAUCAGGAUCUUGGGAACCAUCGUCUCGCUUUGACUACAUUGAACUCUGCCAUACAUAACAAGAUGGAUAUCAUUUACCCACAUCUUGGCGAAUUAAUGCCGGCAGUCAUUGGCGACACCCAUGUCAAGCCUGAACUUAUUCGUGAAGUGCAGAUGGGCCCGUUCAAGCACAAGGUUGACGACGGUCUUGAUCUUCGUAAAACCGCCUAUGAAACUUUGUAUGCUUCUUUGGACGCAGCUCUUAAUCGGAUCAACUUGCCAGAGCUUUUUGAGCGAAUCCUUGCAGGUCUUGAUGAUGAACAGGACAUUCGAACGUUGUGCAAUCUCAUGACGGCUAAACUCAUUACCCUAACACCUGAAGAAGUGAAGCGGCAGCUUGAUGCAUUGUCAGAGCGCUAUACAGCGGUGCUCACGUUCAAGCCGAAGGAAAACGCCGUAAAGCAGGAAAUCGAGAAGGCGCAGGAAGCAUCAUUGGGUAUCCUGAAGAUAAGUCGCGACCUUGACAAGACAUUUCCUGCGGCUGAAAUUGGUGGUGAGCAUCUCAAGUGGAAAUCGUAUGUGGAUUGGAUUCGAAAGAGUUUUCAACCGCAGCUUCGCAACCUGGAUGCUGAAACGUGA